CACGUAGUAGCUGUGAGAUCACUUUGCCACUGUGCUGCCACACACCGUUGUGUCUCCACAGCAUCUUCACUGCAUUAGAGCCACAGACCGUUGAAUCGUCUCCAUGUCUUCUGACCAGGACAGCUGCCACCUGUGUAAGGAAUACCUCAGAGAUCCCGUCUCCAUCCCGUGUGGCCACAUCUUCUGCUCCGUUUGUCUGAAGACCUACUGGGACCACGCCGACCACACAGGCUCGUACAUCUGCCCAGUGUGCAGGGUCACCUACAGCAAGAGGCCCACCCCGAGACGCAUUGGAGGCUCGCGGAGCUCCACCAUGCAACGCAACUCUGAAUCCUUUCCGCCUCCGCCCCCUUCGCCCGACUACAACUACGCCGGGCCCCAGGAUGUAGGUUGUGACAUCUGCAUCGGAAAAAAGCACAAGGCCGUCAAGACCUGCCUAAUGUGUCUGGCCUCCUACUGCGAGAAGCAUCUCAAGCCCCACUACGAGUCAAACACUUUUAAAAGGCACAAGCUGGUGGAUGAGAUCGGCCACCUGGACAGACAGAUCUGUCCCCAGCAUCAGAAGGGUCUGGAGCUCUUCUGCCGCACCGACCAGAUGUGCAUCUGCGUGCUGUGCACGGUGAAAGAACACAAGGGUCACGACAUGGUGUCUGCCGAGCAGGAGAGGGCGGAGGAGCAGCAACGGCUGGGCGCUACCCAGGCCGAGAUCCAGGAGAAGAUUCAUGACCGACUCAAGCAGAUGGAGGAACUCAAACAAGCAGUGGACUCACUCAAGAACUCGGCCCACACGGCGCUGCAGGAAUGCGAGAAGAUGUUCGCCGACAUGAUGCGCUCUAUUGAGAGGAUGCAGCAGGAGAUGACCAAGCUCAUCUCCGCCAACAAGAGAGCGGCACUCAACAACGCAGAGGGCCACAUGGAGCGCCUGACCCAUGAGAUCGCCGAUCUGAAGAGGAGGGACACGGAGAUCACCCAGCUGUCCCGCACUGAGGAUCACAUCCACUUCAUCCAGAGCUACCACAUGCUGAUAGCCCAGACGGAGGCAGAGGAGCUGCCAACGGUGAGCGUCAACCCCUACUUCACCUUCGGCCCAGUCACGAAGGCCGUCUCCGAGAUGAAACAGCACAUGAACGAAUUCAGCAAUGACGAACUGGUCAAGGUGGCCAAGGCAGUUAACAAAAUGACCUUCUGCCAACUGGACGAAUCCAAAAAGAGACAGUCAAUAAAAAGUGAUGAGGCCCAGGUGUACAAGUCUCUACCGCCCCAGGACCCCCAGUACAGAGAGGAUUUCAUGAAAUAUGCUUGCGAGCUCACCCUGGACUCAAACACUGCCUACAGACAGCUCUACUUGUCUCGGGGGAACCGGAAAGCUGUCCUCAAGAAAGACCCCCAGUCCUACGGUGAUCACCCGGCCAGGUUCGACUCCCUGCCCCAGGUCCUGUGUAAGGAGUCUCUCUUUGGGGGAGCAUACUACUGGGAGGUUGACUGGAGCGGAGAGGGGGCUGCCAUCGGAGUCACCUACAAAGGGAUCAAGAGGACAGGUUACGGAGACGCCUGCCGCAUCGGCUACAACCGCAAGUCUUGGAGCCUCUUCUGCUCCGAUUCCAGCUACUCGGCCCGCCACAGCAAAGACCAGAUCGAGAUCAACGCGCCCUACUCAUCACGUAUCGGGGUGUUCCUAGAUCACGCCAGGGGCACCCUCGCUUUCUACGCUGUAGGGGACAGUAUGACCCUCAUCCACCGCUUCAAGGCCUCCUUUAGUGAGGCUGUCCAUCCAGGCUUCUGGGUUUGGUAUGACUCGGGCAUCACCCUCAUCAAUAAGUGAUUAAAUAACCCACCUCCUAUGAUCCAUGUAAUUCAGAACUGAAAGCAUUUACAGAACAAAACCAUAAUUAUUAUCGAUGAUAUGUGAUUGUUCUUUUAUUAGGUAUUUUUUAUUGAAGAUGUGUUGUGUGAUUCAGGGUAAUUGUGAUGCCUGAUUUUGCAAAUCAAUGUAAAAUCUGUGUAAUGUUAGAUUGGGUUAAUUGAAGUGAAAACAUGAAAAUUGUCAUUUAAAAUUAUGAAGGUUGUACUUGAUUGAAAUAUGUCCGUCCUCAUUUAUACAGAUCCUGCUAAACUUAUGAUGAUCAAUAAACUUUUAACAAA